AUGUCAAUCCCAGACGACUCAUCCAACAAUGGCCCCCCAACAUCCCCCAAACGCGCCGCACAAGACGACCUAGCAACCGACCCCGAAUCCCACCCCCCCGCCUCGAAACGCUCCCGCGCCACAAGCCCCUCGCAAGACGACGACGACGACGACAGCGAGGCAAAGACGCGGGCUACGACGGCGGCGAUGGCGAAUGCGUCCCUGACGGCGGGUGAAGACGAGGGCGAGCGGGACGUCGGUGGUGCUCCAGCAGCAGCUCCCUCGGCGCAAACGACACAACCCUCGACAGCAGCACCAGCCGAGACACCAGAAACAACACAGCCUCCUCCGUCCGCGCCAAAGACCAAAAUAUGCGGAGUGUGUCACGAAAAGGAGGGAAAAUACAAGUGCGCGCGCUGCGCAUUACCAUUCUGUUCCGUUCCGUGUAAUAAAAUGCACCGCGAGAACCACCCGCCCGAUCCCGAACCGGCGCCGAAGCCUGAACCAGCCGUCAUCGACCCCCCCGCGCCGAGCGCCGCUGCCGCGUACGACCCAAGGAACCCCUUUAGCGUCCUCGACGACUCGGACCAGCUCCGGUACCUAUUCCGGCGGUACCCAACGCUACAAGUGCGACUGCUCGAGAUCUUCGCCGCCACGGAGCCGCCGCCCGAGCUGCAGUCGACGGGCAGCAGCCUCAACGACAUGAUGAAGGCGCGGGCGUUGGCGGCCGCGAAUCCGAAAAAGGAGCAGUGGACGCACGACGUCGGGAUCCGCAAAGGAAAAGAGGCGCUGCGGAGGGCCAGGGCCGCCGACGGCGAGGAUGGCGAAGGCGUGAGGGAGUAUGUUGAGCUCAUCAACCACCUCAUGUCGCAGGCGAGCGCGGCGGCGGAGGCCGAGGAGGUGAUUCGGAAACAGGCGGCUGACAAGGAUGCCAAGCUGAUACGGCGCCUCAUGACGGAGGACCGCGGGUGA